CUGGGCUUACGCUAAGAGGAGCCAACGUGUGACACGAAGGUUCUUGAGCCUGUAGCAGUGGCCACGACCACGGCAUCCUGCCAGCAGCUCCAGCCCUGGACAGACAAGGAGACUCGACUGUGCCUCUUGCCCGAAGGACCAUGCCUAGAUGCCGGUGGCUCUCCCUGCUUCUCCUCACCAUUCCCCUGGCCCUAGUGUCCAGGAAAGACCCCAACAAGGAUGAGAAGGGGGUGCUGAGGAAACUACAACCCACCAACGCCUCAGAUGCCAACGUGAGGCAGUGUCUGUGGUUUGCCAUGCAAGAAUACAACAGGGAGAGCGAGGACAAGUACGUCUUCCUGGUGGUCAGGACACUGCAAGCCCAGCUGCAGGUCACAAAUCGUCUGGAAUACCUUAUUGAUGUAGAAAUUGCCCGCAGCGAUUGCAGAAAGCCUUUAAGCAGUAAUGAAAUCUGUGCCGUUCAAGAAAACUCCAAACUGAAAAAGAAAUUAAGCUGCAGCUUUUUGGUAGGAGCACUUCCCUGGAAUGGCGAAUUCACUGUGAUGGAGAAAAAGUGUGAAGAUGCCUAAUGGUGUUUUGGGGCAUCCCUCCAACCUCUGCGACUACUUUAUCCACGACAAUAAAGCAAUGGCAAGUGGAGGCUGUUCCCAGCACGCUUUCUCCAUGCA